AUGCUAAAAGAAGCAGGCUGCAGACAGGAUUUGGUGGCGGUAUUUGGUGAUUUGAUUGGUGUAUCUCAUAGUGAGUGACAUCUAUUAACGCAUUUUAGCAGUGCUGACACCAAUUAAGACAUUUGAAUCUUGCGUUCAAGAUCACCACAAAAUGCUUGUAUUUACUUUUGACGCGCGUUUAAAACACUAUAUAGCUCUAAACAUAUUUUAGCUGAGCGGGUUUACGUACUAGUCAGCUUUUGGCGGUUAACCACUCUACGAAGUGACAAGUAGGAUUAACCGAGCGCCUUCUUAGAAAUUGUAAAAAGGCUGAAAAGGUAGGCCGUUCCACGAUAUUUCAUAGUACAUAAACCUCCUAACAUGUUUUCACAUGAAUGAAUUCUUUAAUUUUAUGAUAGGUUCAUGUACAGAAAAUUCCAAAUCUUUCAUAGUUAAGUGUGAACUUCACUUAUGUUAAUUUUCCUUAUCUAGAGUUUACUACCCAUUAACUAACAUACAUGUAUUAUUGUUCAUAGUCGUCAAUUUCGUUUCUGAUAUGAGUCAGUAUACACGUAAGGUAAAUUACUUGGAAAAUUCACAUGGAUUCUGUGAUCAAUUGCGGUUUAAGAGAAGGAAAAAGAUAGAAAAAGCAUUGUUUUUAAAUAAGUAUAAUAAUAAAGGCUAGUGAUUAGAAUGAUUGAAAAUGAGCAUUGUAAGUUCAGUAUUUAGUCCGUACAUAUAUCAAGCAGCGGUUUUUGUUCCUCGAUCUGUUUGUUUUAAUAUUAUUCUCACAGAUAGCUUCAAUUUGUACCUGGAGUAGAGAUGCGACUCGGUGAGAUACAGCUUCUGCAAAGAAACAAAUACUGCAAAAAACAGUGUGUUUUGUUUCUCAAGCCACUCAGUUAUAUUGCUCAGUUUGUUUCAUUCUAACGGAAUCUUACUUCUGACUUCGUGAUUUAAAGAGCAACUACUACAUUGCAAUAAAAUUGAAAUUGCGUUUCACUUGUUUCAGUUUAUUCCUCUGAUAUUCAGGCUUCCGAGUACAGUUCAAGUGAUGGCGCUGGUUUGAACACAAGGCAUGUUUAGGGCGAUUUGUAUAUCGCCACUUUUCACAGAUUCACAGAUUCACUUAAACAAGCGUAAAACAAGGAUAUUUUAGGUCAACCCCAUUUGAAAAGAUUGCAUGGUUUAUUUUUUAACCGAACCUGUGUCGUAACAAUGAUCAAGAUUCGUUUUGGAACUAAUUCUGAACUUAUUUUAUUCGCCACUGGCCUCGUGAAGCCAAUAGGGGGAGUUUUCUCGACUAAAUCGAUGCAAAAUCUGCCGAGAAUUUAAAGGCAAGAUACAUUAGCACUGUCAAACGAAAAUCUGUAGGAAUCAGUAAGGUUAAAAUUUAAAUUCAGAUAAAAUCGUGAAAACUUAAAAGAGCGGGAAGCCUUUUUGUCCCUCCAAUAUGGUUACACGACGUUCAUUUCAGUCCAUGCCUCUUCAGAGAAAAGUCUGGUCUGGGUUGGUAGUUGUUGUGGGAGCCCAAAAUCCAUAGAAAAUGAAUUACUGCUGGUUAUGACGGGUGUGAUGUGGUUAUCAGGAACACGAACCAUUCAAUGGCAAGAAUUAGCUCUAGUAAUGUGUUCUCAGACAGUUUGUUGGACUGCUAGAUGUCAGUUUUCUUCAAACAGUGGAGCAGGUCAUUUUUUAUAUCAAUCACUAAAUCGUCUCUUUACAAAAAGUUUGUUAAAAGCUUACUGUCUUUUAUAGAUCGGAUACGAAUUGGUAAACGGUUUGUCACCAUGCAUUAAGACUUUCUUGUGCUGUUGCUGUCGAUUUUUUCAUGCAGAAUAUCUAGAUUUGUUUCUUUAAAUUCAACUUUUUAUGAGGAUUAUUUCAGUAAAAAUUCGUCCUCCGGAAAGUGUAAUUUUAUCCUCUUUAUUGGCAAGGUUUGAUUUGAAGAACCUAAUGCAAGGGUGUUUCGUGAAAAUUGGUUUUAGGUCGGGCUCGUACAUAUCAGAUUUUGUUUCCAUGUAGUGCGAUGGUAGUAUGUUCCAUAAAGCGAGUUCCUUUAGAUAUCACUUGUUGUGAGUAUUACGUAUGCUCUGUAGACUGUACUUUUUGGUUAUAAUCUAUAGGAAAACUGUCCCGCCCAAGAAAGUGAACAAACACCGUUGCAUUUGUACCAAACACUUUUACCUUCAUUAAACACCCCGGCCACAAUUAUUUUGUUUUCGCGCCGCCGGACUGCGUCCAAUUUUACUAUGUCAGAAUUCUCAUUUUCUCGUGUGAAUCAAAAGGUAAAUUUGAAUCAGUAGUUAAACUAUGACAUUGCUUAUGGUAGUUGUAGUUGUAGCAAGAAUUAACGACGCUGUUAUGAACAUGACCUGUUUACGUCAAUCUGCAUUCAAACCAGAAUAUUUAAUACCUAUAAUAAACAGAACCAAUAUCAUGGAUUUCAUUUAUCAGUCCGCUUCAGGUUAUUUCGGUAACAAAAUCAAAUCGGGAAUGUGCCUCCAGGCUGAAAUACAAACCGGUAGCCUUAAUUUCCAGCGUUUAUUUAUAUCAGCCAUCGAAUCGACUUUUCUAAUUGGUAUUGCUAUAGAUAAUGUGACGCUCCACAGCAUUUCAGAAAAGUGAUACCGGCAAAUUAAAAGUUGAAAGUGAGGGAAAAUUUGGGUCGGACUGAUGCUUUUUACUUAUAGUUCCCCAUAUCUCUAUUUUUCUUUACACCCGAAAAGGUAAUUGAAUAUUCGAAGGCGACAGCGAGAUUUCUAUCGGCAGAGAGACGAAAGGCGAUUUUCCGAGAUUCAAUUAUCGGCAAAAGUUGACUCAGCCUUUGGGAUUGGAGUUUGUCAGACUCAUAAUUUUGGUCUUUAAUUUACGUUACCAGGAAAAAAUGGCCAAUCUAGGCUCUUAACUAAUAGGGUAUUCUGUCUCCAAUGAGCAGAGAGGACGAAGUCAGCAAAGGCGACGUUUAAAAUGCUUUGGUGUAUCUACAUUUCAUGUAAGUACCUUAGAUUAAACUUCUCUCUUCUACAAUAUGGAUUAAAGGGUUAAAUAACAGUACUUGAGUGCUACCCUUCUUCGGUAUGGUAACUUAAAGAACACAUUAACCAGAUACUUAACAUGAUCAUGUUGUAAAAAGAAGACCCAAGAAACAAAUAGCGGCCACCCGUAGGAUGUCAUUUAUGCUUAAAAGGCAUUAUCGUCUCUUGUCAUAGUUUUCAGUAAACGAAAACCUCUGUGAUUACGAUUUUCCACAACUGUUAAUGGCUCGAUGUCUCGCUCUUGACGAUCACUGCCAGGGCAGAAAUCUGCGUUUACGAACUAAUUUAUUAGACAUAAUCGUUGUUAUGAUAUAAACUACUGAAACACUGGUUUCGUUGCAACAAUAUGACCAUGCACCGUAAAGAGUUACUCUGAGCAAACAUGCUAAGAAAAGUUGCAAAAUCUCUAGAACCUGAGGGAAUGCAGAGGAGCUCGUAAUAAUGUACGCUGGAGCACUUUGAAUUUGCAAUUCUGAUUCAAAUAAAUCCAUUGGGUCUCAACUUUAAUGGUUUAAUUACGAUCGAGUGAAUAUAAAGAACCAAACCCCUUGAGACGCCUCAGUCUGUAACAGACCCAUGCAGUGAAACCCUAAAAAUUUCGCUUCCCCGAUGCCCGGCGAAUCUUUUGUAUCUACCCAGCUGAUUUUUUGUGUUCCCGGUCACUUUCUGUUUAUCACUUCUUCAAGACCAGUGUAUUUCGUUGUUCAUAUUUGUUUGAAAGGAGCAAAAAUAUAAGACAUUAUUAACAGAGGAGGCUACAGGUAAUCAAUCUCGCAUAAAAAACAUGUAAACAGUUUAGUUCUUCUCGCUACAGCAAACGUAAAAGGUGUUCCAAGCUUUAAUGUUGGUAAAAAUGUAAGGCCUACCAUCCCUUUCCGCUUUUAUAGGAAGUAUACAACUAAGAAGAAAAACCCAGUGGAAAAUAAACCAACCCAAUGACAUUUUCUCCUAGAACCCAGUGAGAAGAUAUACAUUCCACUAGUUCUGUUACAGAGGGGUGUUUUAGUUUAGGUUACAUGAGGUUAUAACACCAUCCAGGCAAGCGUUUGGACCUGGAGCUAUCUCGAACUUGCGGCAACCGGAAUCUUUGCAUAGGAUAAUAAACGGUUGAUAACGUGCGACUCAUACAGUCUACAAUAGUAAGAUGAGUACAAUUUACCAGAAGUUUUGGGUACGAAGAUAUUCAGUUGGAUUAUAGCACUGGUCAUGCCAAGCGAACCCCGCCCAGACCAACACUGAGGGUCUUUGAGGAUAAAGUGCUCCAUUUGUAACGUCAUCUGCAAACGGUUAGCCUGUCUAUUCUUCUUGGAUAAAGACAAAAGCCGUGUAGGUCCCGUCUUACAGCCCCCUUUCUUAUGAAAUUCUGUAGGACGUUAAAGGACCCACGCACUGCUCGUAAGGAGUAGGGAUGUAGUCCCCUGUGUGGUAGUCUAUCUCAAAUUCACUUUUACAUCAAGGGGGGUUCGUAUAAUCAUAACUAAAUUAAUUUAAACUGUUCCCUGAGCUGUCUGGCUUAAGUACCCCAUCCAGUGUUGCUGCUUAUUACGAUUUACUAAGCGAGCCUUUAAAAAUUUACUCAGAGAUAUCAGAAACGACUAAAGAUAACUUGAUCAUCUCAUUGCAGUAUUUGCUUCUGCAACCAAAGCAUUAGACUGCGCCCUGUUUGACCCGAAAUGCAAAAAGUCCGAUCCUACAGCACCCACAAACUCUUCGUGCUACACACUUCAGCAGUGUGUUCACUUCCCUGGAGUCAAGCCGGCAUGCUGUGCAUUGUUCAAGCGAAAUCAAAGGGGACUUGGACCGAGUGUUGUGAUGCAAGAUUGCGCGCAGAAGAGUAGCUUCGAGUGUGGAUCAUUAAUGUGUAUUGCGCAUGCACGAAAAAGAAACUCUCCCAAACAAGCGGCCAAAGAGUACUUCUGCUGUUGUACUGAGGACAGAUGUAACGGCCUCUUGGUACUAUUUGUUGAGGAAGAGAAGGGGAAAAGCGGUAGGAAUUAAUUCCAAUUCUCGAUUGGACUAGGAAUGACUAGCAAAUUUAUUGGCAGUUGUUCAAAAGAUGGAUCACGCUAUCCGCUGGAUAAAUUUCUCUCUAAUAAAUAACACAGUUGUUCCCUAACUUCAGGUUAAAACAGCCGGGGAAGUUGGAAAAUUCUAGACUUAUGAGAUACCGAUUAUCUAUUCAUUAAACAUGGACUUGUGCUAGUUGACUCAGGAAACCUAGGGCCAGCUGUGGUACCAAGGUUUGAAACGUGCGGAAAGAGAGUCAGAACAAGAAGAGCGCAAGGUUUCCGCUUCACCGUUAACCGUUAUUUUUUCUGUUUUCUCAACGCGCGCUUCGUCGGGUUAUUUAGCGUGUAGUUUCCUCCGGACCAAGUUAGCUUUCCCUUUUCAGCUCUGACUCUCUUUCCAGGUCUGUUCACUGUGUCCCUGAUGAGUAUGACUUAACUUUUAAAUUACUAUCAGUUUAUCUUCCUGUUUACGUUAGUGAGCUCACUACAACUUAAUAACAGUGUACCAUAGCUAUUUUUCCUAAUUUAGUUUUUGUAUCGUUGAUAAAUGAGUGUUUACCACUUACUUACAAGUAAUGCUACACAUUUAUAUUUAAAAAAAUCGUAUUUUUGGCUAUUUUUCCCACAGCUACAUGUAGUUUACGCUCAAUGAACUACUGGUGUGGUUAUUGUGUAGUUACUGAACUAACGAAAAAGCUAUCCGCUGGAUACUGAUUUAUCCAAUGGAUAGCCCAAUCCAUCGUUUGAACAGCCGAGGCCUAAUUGACUAAACCUCUCUGAGACUUCAAUAAAAUUUAAGACCUAUAGCGAUACCUUAAAUCGGAUACUCAAGCGACCGAGUUUAACAGCAGAUCAGAAUCGUUCAGUGUAUGAGAAAAUAUCAAAACAGACCACAAUUAAGGUAGCUGAAUAAUUGUACCAUAGCUCUUUCGAUUUCUUUUUGUCUUUCUGUCACCUUUCUUUAGAAAUUGAAGAGUCGAUCAGAAAGUUAAGGUUACUGAUUUGGGCCCAGAUUGUUGCCGGUACGAUUUUUAGUUCCCUCAUCGCCAUUGCGUAUAUGCUGCACAAAGUGAGCUCUAAUAGAAGACGGCGCCCAUUGACUCAAGUUGUCUGCAACAGAGGUUUGUCGUUUUUGUCACCGAUGUACUAUUUUGGUAAAUCUAGAUUUUUAUAGAGACAGGUAAAAGAGAAAGGUAGAUUUCUUUGCCAAGUUUUCCAAGGCCACAAUCAUAGGUUACCAAGAGACCAUUAGGACAGAGAAGGGAAUCUUAGGGCGUUGGCCGGGAUAUGUGAAUUUUACAAAAGCUAUUUUUAGAGGUUGGAAUUAAACGGAGGUGUCGCUGACACAUUUAAACCAAACCCUGAAAUCAAGUCCUUAAUGCAAAAAAAUGCAGAAUAUUAUUUUGUGAUGGCGACUGUUGAAUUCUCUCUUGGCAACGCUUGAUGAAAGUUUGCGGACCUCUCAGGCGACCAACUUCCGAUUAAUCCAAGCAAUUAAUGGUCUAAAAAUGACGUUGGUGAAAUUCGCAUAUCCCGGUCCCAGUAUUCUCUCUUGAGGUUACCUCUGGUGCCUGGUAAACUACAAACAGGGCAUAAAUUAUAUGUUUUUAUGGUAACUUGCGCAAAUCGCCAUUCGACUUAAGUCCAGAAAUAUGAUCAAGAGUCUUUGGGGAUGUGGGUAAGGAACUACGUCUCACGGUCGUUUUUAGUCAGAAAGUACUACAAUUUACUUUUCUCAUUCUAUAGGAGUCGUCUAUAACAGCAGUUAAUAAUGGAUGGGACUGAGUGGAAUCCAAUAAAGGUUGUAAUCAUACGAGUAAUUAAUGCUACGUGGUCAUCCCAUUUGUUUCAUUGCGAGUAUGAUUACCGACCGAAUUGGCCGACACGAAGUUCUGUCAUUGAUUAAUAAUAGCUAUAAACAAAUUUGUGAUAUUUAAGGCUUUUUAUGAAAUUAAAACACAACAAAUUCCAGGGGUAUUUGCUAGCAGUGAAAAAAAGGCAUUCAAGUGCGCACGUGCGAUGGCCCGUACUCCAGUUACAUAGGCACGACGCGUACUGACCUAUUACACUGUCCUAUUAGCGCUGAAAUCAGGAUAGUUUUGAGUAAAUAAAGUUACCAAUAGGUCAGAUUUGCAACUAUCAGCCAAAAUUUUUCAUUUAGAAUUUUAUGUCCACCAAUAAAUAAAGAGUUCCUAUGUUACUUUUUCAAUCAGUUCCAUCACGAAAAUUAGACCAGAAGGCAUAACAACGACUCCUGGAUUGUAAAAUGGCCUCCUGAAGAGGCCAUUUUAGAAACAAACAAUAGAAGCAACACCUCCACCCCCCAAGCCCUCAAAAAGAAGAAUAUGAGGAGCUAUAAGUUUUAAUAGCAGAGGUUGGCGGAACGAUGCGGAUUUUUACAACAGCUUUUCUUCAGCAGCCCAUGGUGGAAGCCAAACCAAAAUUGUGCUUAUUUUCUUAUUUAUUAACUUAUUAACUUAUUGAUUUAUUAUUUUUUUAAGGUGCUCAUCGAUACUCAAACAUGCCUCAAUGGACAAGAAAAGACUUCCAACUGAUCACCUGCCUCGUUCGAAGCAAGUUUGGUGAAGUAUGGCAAGCCAGGCCGCAUGGCUCUAAUCAGAUAGUCCGCAUCCGAUUGACAGCAGGCUCGGAUGACGUCUAUCUCUACGACAGUCACUUAAUGAGCAAAAAUACCAACCUUUAAAUUCACGACAGCUCUUUAAAUGCGGCGUGAACUUGUAUAAAACCCUAAAUCGAAUUAAACUUGAGGGGGUCAUGUCACCGGUAGGGUAGUGCUGUUUUAGGUCAAUUGUGUGCUGUCGUUAUUACGUAGUGCUAUACACAAAAUGCUCUUGUAGCGUUGUGAAGAAGAUAAAAGGCAAAUUAAUAAUGAUGAAUUUCCACCAUUACCA